AUGACCAUGUUUGAAAAUGUCACCCGGGCCCUGACCAGACAGCUGAAUCCCCGAGGGGACCUGACCCCUCUGGACAGCCUCAUUGACUUCAAACGCUUCUAUCCCUUCUGCUUGGUGCUCAGAAAGAGGAAGAGCACGCUCUUCUGGGGAGCCCGGUACCUCCGCACUGACUACACCCUCCUGGAUGUGCUUGAGCCCGGCAGCUCUCCUACAGAUCCAACAGACACUGGGAACUUUGGCUUUAAGAAUAUGCUGGAUGCCCAAGUGAAGGGAGAGGUGGAUAUGCCAAAGACAGUGAAGGUGACGGGGACUGCCGGGCUCUCCCGGAACAGCACCCUGGAGGUGCAGACACUCAGUGUGGCGCCCAAGGCCCUGGAGACCUUGCAAGAGGACAGAAAGCUGGCAGCAGAGCACCCGUUCCUGAAGGAGAUGCAGAAUCGAGGCGAGAACCUGUACGUGGUGAUGGAGGUGGUGGAGACCGUCCAAGAGGUCACUCUGGAGAGAGCCGGCAAGGCAGACGGUUGUUUCUCCCUCCCGUUCUUUGCCCCAUUGGGGCUACAGGGAUCCAUAAACCACAAGGAGGCCAUAACCAUCCCCAAGGGCUGCAUCCUGGCCUUUCGAGUGAAACAGCUGAUAGUCAAAGGCAAAGAUGAGUGGGAUAUUCCACAUAUCUACAAUGACAACAUGCAAACCUUCCCUCCCGGAGGAGGACAGAUGCAGGGCUGCUUGUUGGCUGCAUUGACUCUUCCCACAGGGGAGUUACUAGAGGACUUCAGGACACUAAAAGAAGAGGUUCAAAGAGAGACCCAAGAAGUGCAGAAGCUGAGCCGAGUAGGGCAACACUCCCUGCUCAGCUCCCUCAGCAAACUUCUAGGGAAGAAAAAGGAGCUGCAAGACCUUGAGCUCAUGCUGGAAGGGGCUCUAGACAAGGGACAUGAAGUGAGCCUGGAGGCACUCCCAAAAGAUGUCCUGCUAUCAAAGGAUGCAACAGGAGCCGUCCUCUAUUUCCUGGGAGCCCUAACAGAGCUAAGUGAAGCCCAACAGAAGCUGCUGGUCAAAUCCAUGGAGAAAAAGAUCCUACCCAUGCAGCUAAAGCUGGUGGAGUGUACAAUGGAACAGAGUUUCCUGCGGGAUAAGGAGGGUGUCUUCCCCCUGCGACCCGAGCUGCUCUCCUCCCUUGGGGAAGAGGAACUGACUCUCACGGAGGCCCUGGUGGGGCUGAGUGGCCUGGAAGUGCAGAGAUCUGGCCCCCAGUACCUGUGGGACCCAGACACCCUCCCCCGCCUCUGUGCCCUCUACGCGGGCCUCUCCCUCCUGCAGCUGCUGACUGAGGCCUCCUAACUUGCCUUUUCCUCCUGCUCCCCUAAUGCCUUCUCUACCUCAUUGCACUGUGUCCUUAACAGCCAAGGGCAUUUAGAAACACCAGACUGAAGGUGAUAGAAACCCUAGCUGAUUACCAAUUUCCACCUGGCCAACCUUGUAUCUCCCCAGCUCCGCAACCCUCUCUGCCCAUCUGCUGAUGCUUGAAUCCUCUAGAAGUAGAAGUUCUCCAACUUUCACAGA